AUGGAGGAGGAGAGGCGGCUGUCCUUCCCGCCACCGGCGCCGCUGCACUCGCCCGGAGAGGAGAUUGACGGCUCCCGUCUUCUGGGAGAGAUAGUCCGCACGUUAGAAGCAACUAAUCCCGAUGCCGUUGCUCCACUGGUCGCGUCGCGGUCCCGAGACACGCUCGAUGCGGAAGAGGAGAAGCCUCGGCGGGAAGAACUGCGGAUACCCCUUGAUGUCACGUUCUCGGAGUCUGUUGGACGGAGUGAUGAGCCCCGGGCGGUUGUCACUCCGUUCACGCGGGAGUCCGCCAAACGUGCCGGCUCCAGGGGUGCGCAGCUGGUUAGAGAGUUCGGCUUCAUGCCUCGACGGAGACUCAGCGUUGAAGACGGAGCUCGGUUACCUAGGAAGUAUGAACCCUUCCCGCCGAAAUUGUACGGAAGGCCAUUGGAGGAGAUCGACAAUUUUAUUUACGAUGAGACUUUCUGCGUGGUGUCGAAGAGGUUCCGUAAGAACUACAUCCACCGGUUCACUGCCACGAGAUCGCUGUUCUGGUGGUCACCGUGGUCACCAGUGCGACGUGCCUGCGUCUACCUCUCCACCAACCAGUACUUCGACUACUUCGUCAUGGCCACCAUUCUGCUCAACUGUGUCUUCCUCGCCAUGUCGGAGACCAUCGAAGAAGCUGAAUACAUAUUUCUGGCGAUAUACACCGCGGAGAUGAUAAUAAAAUGCAUAGCGAAAGGUUUUAUACUUAACAAGUAUACUUAUCUACGGAACCCAUGGAACUGGCUGGACUUCGUGGUCAUAACGUCAGGUUACGCCACCAUCGGCAUGGAGGUUGGCAACCUUGCUGGCUUGCGGACUUUCAGAGUGCUGAGGGCUUUGAAAACUGUUUCCAUUAUGCCUGGUCUGAAGACUAUCAUCAACGCGUUGCUGCAUUCCUUUAAACAGCUGGCCGAAGUAAUGACCUUGACAAUCUUCUGCCUCAUGGUGUUUGCACUAUUUGCUCUUCAAGUUUACAUGGGGGAGUUGAGGAAUAAGUGUGUACAGAACCUAGUGAUACCACCCGGCGAAAACUUCACUGACGAGCUAUGGUCACAAUGGAUAAGCGAACCCUCACACUGGAUGGUUGAUGAUGAUGAAGUACCAAUUAUCUGCGGUAACCUGACCGGUGCGAGGCACUGCCCGUCUGAAUACACAUGCCUCUGUGUAGGACCAAAUCCAAACCACGGUUAUACCAACUUUGACAAUUUCCUGUGGUCCAUGCUCACUACGUUUCAACUCAUCACCCUGGACUAUUGGGAGAACGUGUAUAAUAUGGUUCUAUCGUCGUGUGGGCCGAUGUCGGUGUCAUUUUUCACUGUUGUAGUCUUCUUUGGUUCCUUCUACCUCAUCAACCUGAUGCUGGCUGUAGUGGCACUCAGUUACGAAGAGGAAUCGCAGAUAACACAAGAGGAAAGAAAAAAGGAUCUAAACGAGCACCGCGACGAUUCCACCUUCAGCUUCGAUCCGACGUCUCUAGCUGUUCGGACACUCGCCAAGGAUUCAAAGAAACGUAUUGAUGCAAGGAAGGGCCUGCUGUUAGCGUCCUACUCACGAAAGAGGACGAGGCGACGCAAACGAGGGAAAAGCACGAUACAUCAUACUAACACUGUCACUGUUACUGAAAGGUCCCGUUCAAGGUCACGGUCUCGCUCAGUGACGCCAAGCGGUACGCCACCCCCGCUGCCUACACCAGCUCCACAACCACCACCGUCACAUACCUUACAUCCAGAUAAUGCUUUGGGUCGGGGAGCCCUAAGUAUAGCGGGUCGUCAAUUAAGUGACCACAGUAACAAUAGAGAGUCAUCGCUCGAUGACUCCGGAGUCGUGGAUGACCACGACGAGGGUGAGCACACCUCCGAUGACCAAGCACCCCAACAUCGACGACACUUACUUCCUCCCCCUACAACUUUACCGCUAAAACAAGAAAGUAAGAAACUGGAAUCAAAACUAAAGAAUGGCUCAAAAACAGAAAUACAAGUGGAACCCGCAAAAAAGACCGAAAAAAGCACCAUACAUGAAAGAUAUCCUUUGAACCCGGACUACCUCAACCAGAUCGUAGUUCUAGGGGCGGACUGGCCAUACAAGCGAACGCCCGACCUCCCCCAAGCGGAGACGACGAAAAUUAAUGAGCUCAGUUUAUUGGCAGCCACGCACAAAUCUCAUAUGGGCAAUUAUGAACCAAAUUGCACUUACUUCACAGAUGAGCUAGUGGAUAGAAAUUGCGAGUGCUGCGUAACAUGUUGUAUAGACUAUGAGGGCUGGCUGCAAUUUCAAAACUGCUUGUAUGGAAUAGUCAAAGAUCCACUAUUUGAACUAUUCAUAACUACUUGUAUAGUGCUUAAUACACUUUUCUUGGCCCUUGAGCAUCAUGGUAUGAGUGAAAAUGUGAGGCAAGCCUUAGAUAUAGGAAAUAAGGUCUUCACGUCAAUUUUUACAUUAGAAUGUAUUAUGAAAGUUAUGGCAAUGAGUAAAGACUUCUUCGCCUGUGGUUGGAAUAUAUUCGAUUUAAUAAUUGUUUCUGCUAGUCUCUUGGAUCUUAUAUUCGAACUUGUAGAUGGCCUAUCUGUAUUAAGAGGCCUUCGUUUGUUACGAGUGUUAAAGUUAGCUCAAUCAUGGACUACUAUGAAAGUUUUGUUAAGUAUUAUAAUAUCGACAAUAGGUGCUCUUGGUAACUUAACGUUCGUGUUAGUUAUAGUUAUAUAUAUAUUUGCUGUUAUCGGUAUGCAGUUAUUCUCGAAAUCCUACACACCAGAGAAGUUUGAUCCUGAUCCCGUGCCAAGGUGGAACUUUAACGACUUCUUCCACUCGUUCAUGAUGAUAUUUCGUAUCCUUUGUGGAGAGUGGAUAGAGCCGCUAUGGGACUGCAUGCGAGCAGAACAAGCUAGUGGUGCGGAGAGUUGUUUCUUUAUUUUCCUCCCCGCGCUGGUGAUGGGCAACUUCAUGGUGCUCAAUCUCUUCCUUGCCUUGUUGCUUAAUAGUUUUAAUAGUGAAGAACUAAAGAAUCGAAAAGAGCUUUUUGUGCAGGAAGUAGGAGAGGAUUCAAAAUUAGCUAAGAGUUUCGAUAGAAUACGUUCAAUAGUAAGAAAAAAAGGUUUUCUAAUAUCUAGAAGUAAAGAGACUGAAAAAAAAUCUAAAUUAGAAGAGCUAGUAAAUGAAUUUAUGAUACAACAUCGUGCUAUGAAAGAGCAAAAAGAAUCAAUACCCAAUGAACAAACAAUUGCCACAACUAUGCAGGAAACAAUUUUAUUUCCUCACGACAACAUUUAUAGCCACAGUUACCAGGAAGCGUUAAAUAGGCCAAUAUCGGUUGGGUCCGAUUUUGCAUAUCCACAACUUUAUCAAGCAGGCAAUAAUUAUAAUCAUGGUAGUCAAGAAACACUUAAAGAUGUUCGAGAUUUAGCAGCAGAGCACAAAAUAACGAGCAUAAGGGAGGACUCAAAGGAAAAUUUGGAUGAUACUGUAUCCACAGAUCAAAUUGCUGCUCAAAAACUACUUAACCAAAUGUCAUCCGGUUAUCACACACAACCCUCGGAUUCUAGAGAUGAAAAUGAACAUUAUGAAAUGGCUCAAAUAUCAAGUAGAACAACUCCUGAGAAAAGACGACACGGACUGUUAUAUGGUCGGGACCCACCGAAAAUACCAAGCGAAGAAGAUGUAAAACAUCCAUGGCAGACCCUGGUAUCAUAUGUUGAUGAAUUAACUGUUGGUGGAAGGAAAAAUUCAAAAGGCCAGUAUAUUGAUCCAAUGGGAAAAUUCCCUGGUUUCGGUAAACAGAAGGAACCUAAAGUGCCUCAGGAUUGUUUUCCACGACAAUGCUAUAAGCAAUGUCGUUGUUGGGAUGCCUGUAUUCGGACAAAUUUGGGUCAAAAGUGGAUGUUCAUACGAACAUUCGUUCUUCGUUACGUAGAUACACCCGCCUUUGAGUGGUUUGUCCUUGUGCUAAUUUUUGCCUCCAGUAUCACAUUAUGUUUUGAAGAUAUUCAUCUGGAAAAAAACAUACCCCUUAAGAAAAUUUUGUAUUGGACAAAUCUUAGUUUCUGUAUGAUUUUUGUAAUUGAAAUGUUCUUUAAAUGGAUAGCAUUGGGCUUUUACCGAUACUUUACUAGUUUUUGGACAUUAUUGGACUUCACUAUUGUUUUUGUGUCUGUGUUUAGUCUUCUCAUUGAGGAAAACGAAAAUUUAAAGGUUUUACGAUCUCUAAGAACGCUUCGUGCUUUAAGACCAUUACGAGCUAUUUCAAGAUGGCAAGGCAUGAGAAUUGUUGUCAAUGCACUUAUGUAUGCAAUACCUAGUAUUUUUAAUGUGUUAUUAGUUUGUUUAGUGUUUUGGUUGAUAUUUUCUAUUAUGGGAGUGCAGUUUUUUGGAGGAAAGUUUUUUAAGUGUGUUGAUGAUGAAGGCGAAUUAUUACCAUUAGAGAUAGUUAAUGAUAAAUGGGAAUGCUACUACAAUAAUUUUUCGUGGAUAAACUCUAAAAUAUCCUUUGACCAUGUGGGAAUAGCAUAUUUGGCCUUAUUUCAAGUUGCAACAUUUGAGGGCUGGAUGGAAGUAAUGGCUGAUGCUGUUGACGCGAGAGGUGUUGAUCUUCAACCAGCGAGAGAAGCUAAUCUUUACGCAUACAUAUAUUUUGUGAUUUUUAUUGUAUGCGGUUCAUUCUUUACAUUAAAUCUAUUCAUAGGAGUAAUUAUAGACAAUUUUAAUAUGCUUAAGAAAAAGUACGAAGGUGGAGUGUUAGAAAUGUUUCUUACGGAGAGCCAAAAGCAUUAUUAUACGGCUAUGAAGAAGUUGGGUAGAAAGAAGCCUCAGAAAGUUAUAAAGAGGCCAAGGAAUCAGUUUCUAGCCAUGUUUUAUGACCUUUCUAAUUCACGUAGAUUUGAAAUAGCUAUAUUUGUUCUAAUAUUCUUAAAUAUGCUCACGAUGGGUAUAGAGCAUUAUGACCAACCGCAUUCAGUUUUCUUUGUACUAGAAGUCAGCAACGCAUUUUUUACAACAGUUUUUGGCUUAGAGGCUAUAGUUAAAAUAAUAGGACUCCGAUAUCAUUACUUCACAGUGCCGUGGAACGUUUUCGAUUUUUUGUUAGUUUUAGCAUCGAUCUUAGGUAUUCUUAUGGAGGAUAUAAUGAUAGAUUUACCAAUAUCUCCCACCCUACUCCGAGUGGUACGCGUCUUUCGGAUAGGGAGAAUUUUAAGACUGAUUAAAGCCGCUAAAGGCAUAAGAAAACUGUUGUUUGCUUUAGUGGUGUCGCUACCAGCACUAUUCAAUAUCGGUGCCUUGUUAGCUCUCAUUACGUUCAUCUACGCAAUAAUCGGUAUGUCCGUCUUCGGACACGUCAAAGAACAGGGAGCUCUGGAUGAUAUCGUCAACUUUCAGACUUUUGGUAGAAGUAUGCAGCUUCUUUUUCGUCUAAUGACAUCAGCUGGUUGGAACGACGUUCUAGAGUCUUUGAUGAUUCAACCUCCUGAUUGCGAGCUGGGAGAUCAUGGCCACUCGAAUGGAAAUUGUGGGAGUCCGUUGCUAGCUAUAACGUACUUUACUUCCUUCAUCAUUAUUAGUUAUAUGAUUGUUAUAAACAUGUACAUAGCCAUCAUCCUAGAAAACUUCAAUCAAGCUCAUCAAGAAGAAGAAAUUGGUAUAGUUGAGGACGAUUUAGAAAUGUUUUAUAUAAGAUGGUCUAAAUAUGACCCACAUGCUACGCAAUUUAUAAGUUUCGCUCAACUAUCAGAUUUCAUUGCUUCUUUAGAUCCUCCGUUAGGAAUACCUAAGCCAAAUACAGUAGCUCUCGUAAGCUUUAACCUACCAAUUGCCAGAGGUAACAAAAUUCACUGCUUAGACAUAUUACAUGCACUAGUAAAACAUGUUUUGGGUCAUGUGGAAGAAACGGAUACGUUUAGACAAUUACAAGAACAAAUGGAUAUUAAGUUUAAGAAACAAUUCCCUACAAGAAAGGAAUUAGAAAUUGUUUCGUCCACAAGAAUUUGGAAGAGGGAGGAUAAAGCGGCAAGGACGAUACAGCGAGCAUUUAGGGAAUACAUAAAGCGAAAGAACCGCAGUCCUUCACAAGAAGAAGAAAGUACAAAGUGGUCGCCGGGCCACGGAUGGGGUGGUAAGCUUAGUGCACUCUUGCACGUUCGGAGAGGAUCUCACGCUUCAAGCAGGAAGUCUUCUAGAGCUUCCGAUGCUUCUGAUUUGAGCGAUGUUGGUGGUGCCUGGCUCAACUUACCCCUUUUAUUACUACCAGGGGCGGGUCCCAGUGAUAUGGUUCCCAGUUCUGACACAGCUCCUCCGCGCAGACGGUCAGCUUAUGGUUUGCCACUGUUUCUUCGUCACCAGGAUGCCGUUGAUGAAGACAGCGGCAUGAAACGCGCAGGUUCACUUCGUUUAACUCCACGGAGGAGCUCAGCUCGAAGGCCUACUCCUCCCGCCAGAGCGAGUACUCCGUCUCCUCACGCUAGUAGUGCUGUCAGCAUCCUAGUUACUGAGGCUUCCCCUGACGCUGCUCCUCCACCAGCAGCGCCGCCAACUGUAGUCAGGGUCCUGGUCCACAGGGAGAGUGACGAACAACCCAGCUGA